AUGGAGCCUUCAACAGAACGCCAGCAGCAGCAGCAGCAGCAGCAGCAGCAGCAGCAGGAGCCCGUGUCUGGUGCAGCAAAGCCCCCACCGAGGCAACCUCAUAAGCUACUGGACGCUUUCUCUUUCCUGGAGCUGAGCAAGGACCUAUCUGCUGCUGAAGAAGAGCUACGUCGACGAGUCAGAGAUAUUUGUGAAACGCAGAUAGCCCCCAUUGCUGCGCAGCUGUGGGAGACAGCCGCAUUCGAUCGCCGGCUCCUCGAUGCAUGCAGAGCCAUUGGUCCGGCUGGUCUACAAAUCAAAGGAUACGGUCAGCAGCAGCAGCACCAGCAGCAGCAGCACCAGCAGCAGCAGCAGCAGCAGCAGCAGCAGCAGCAGUAG